ACCGCGCAGGUGUCCAGGAGAGAGGCUGGCGGCCCCAGAGGCGGCCCGGACGAGGGACCCGGGGCGGGAGCCGACGCCGGAGCGGGCGCCGGCGUCGAUACGGCGCCCCCGGGAACUCCAGGGCCCGCUGAGGCCGCAGGGGCUGAAGCGGCCGGGCCCGAGCCCGAGGAGGCCGCCGCCACCCCCCCGUCGUCGGGCCCGGCCGCGCCGCCCUCCGCGCCAGCCCUGCCGCCUUCCUCUCCUCCUCCUCCUCCACCAGCACCGCGGCGAGAGGCGGCUCCGCCUCCUGCGCCGCGGGCCCGGCGGCCCCGGCAGUUACCGACGCGCUGCCGCUGCCCCCACCGCCACUCUCAGCCUCGCCGCCGCCUUUAUGUUGCAUUUUGUGUUUUAGUUGGCGUAAUACGGUGUCCAGUAUGCCGCCAAGAAUGCAGACAGAUAGACCUUGUGGAUAAUUACUUUGUCAAAGACACAUCCGAAGCCCCUAGCAGUUCUGAUGAGAAAUCAGAACAGGUAUGUACUAGUUGUGAAGAUAAUGCAAGUGCUGUUGGCUUUUGUGUAGAAUGUGGAGAGUGGCUAUGUAAGACAUGUAUUGAAGCACAUCAAAGAGUAAAAUUCACUAAAGAUCACUUGAUCAGGAAGAAAGAAGAUGUCUCAGAGUCUGUUGGAGCAUCUGGUCAGCGUCCUGUUUUCUGCCCUGUACACAAACAAGAACAGUUGAAACUUUUCUGUGAGACAUGUGAUAGACUGACAUGUAGAGACUGUCAGCUAUUGGAGCACAAAGAACAUAGGUAUCAGUUUUUGGAAGAAGCUUUUCAAAAUCAGAAAGGUGCAAUUGAAAAUCUAUUGGCUAAGCUUCUUGAGAAGAAGAAUUAUGUUCAUUUUGCAGCUACUCAGGUGCAGAAUAGGAUAAAAGAAGUAAAUGAGACUAACAAACGAGUAGAACAGGAAAUUAAAGUGGCCAUUUUCACUCUUAUCAAUGAAAUUAAUAAGAAAGGAAAAUCUCUUUUACAGCAGCUAGAGAAUGUUACAAAAGAAAGACAGAUGAAGCUACUACAGCAGCAGAAUGACAUCACAGGCCUCUCCAGGCAGGUGAAGCAUGUUAUGAACUUUACUAACUGGGCGAUUGCGAGUGGCAGCAGCACGGCGCUAUUGUAUAGCAAGCGGCUGAUUACUUUUCAGUUACGUCAUAUCCUGAAAGCACGGUGUGAUCCUGUCCCUGCUGCUAAUGGAGCAAUACGCUUCCACUGUGACCCCACCUUCUGGGCAAAGAAUGUCGUCAAUUUAGGUAAUCUAGUAAUAGAGAGUAAACCAGCUCCCGGUUAUACUCCUAAUGUUGUAGUUGGGCAAGUUCCUCCAGGAACCAACCACAUUAGUAAAACCCCUGGACAGAUUAAUUUAGCACAGCUUCGUCUUCAGCACAUGCAACAACAAGUAUAUGCACAGAAACAACAGCAAUUGCAACAGAUGAGGAUGCAGCAACCACCAGCUCCUGUACCAACGACAACAACCACCACACAACAGCAUCCUAGGCAAACAACCCCUCAGCUGUUACAACAACAGCCUCCAAGAUUAAUCAGUGUGCAAACAAUGCAAAGGGGCAACAUGAACUGUGGAGCUUUUCAAGCCCAUCAAAUGAGACUGGCCCAGAAUGCUGCCAGAAUACCAGGGAUACCCAGGCACAGCGGCCCUCAGUAUUCCAUGAUGCAGCCACACCUCCAAAGACAACAUUCAAACCCAGGGCAUGCUGGACCCUUUCCUGUUGGGUCAGUACACAACCCCACAGUCAACCCAACGAGUCCUACUACUGCAACUAUGGCGAAUGCAAACCGCGGCCCCACCAGUCCAUCUGUUACAGCCAUAGAGCUCAUCCCCUCCGUUACUAACCCAGAAAACCUUCCGUCGUUGCCAGAUAUUCCACCUAUACAGUUGGAGGAUGCUGGAUCAAGUAGUUUAGAUAACCUACUAAGUAGAUACAUUACAGGCAGUCACCUACCCCCACAGCCUACAAGCACCAUGAAUCCUUCCCCAGGACCCUCUGCUUUAUCUCCAGGAUCAUCAGGUUUAUCCAAUUCUCACACACCUGUGAGACCCCCUAGUACCUCUAGUACUGGCAGUCGAGGCAGCUGUGGAUCAUCAGGAAGAACUGCUGAGAAGACAGGUCUUAGUUUCAAAUCAGAUCAAGUGAAGGUCAAGCAAGAACCAGGGACUGAAGAUGAAAUAUGUAGCUUUUCAGGAGCUGUGAAACAAGAAAAGACAGAGGAUGGCAGGAGGAGUGCCUGCAUGUUGAGCAGUCCCGAGAGCAGCUUGACACCACCUCUUUCAACCAACCUGCAUCUAGAGAGCGAGUUGGAUGCAUUAGCAAACCUUGAUAACCAUGUGAAAACUGAACCUACAGAUAUGAAUGAAAGCUGCAAACAGUCAGGGGUUGGUAGCCUAGUUAAUGGAAAGUCUCCAGUUCGAAGCCUCAUGCAUAGGUCAGCAAGGAUUGGAGAUGGCAGCAGCAAAGAUGAUGACCCAAAUGAAGAUUGGUGUGCUGUCUGCCAAAAUGGAGGGGAUCUAUUGUGCUGUGAAAAAUGUCCAAAGGUCUUUCACCUAACUUGUCAUGUUCCAACACUUCUUAGCUUUCCAAGUGGGGAAUGGAUAUGCACAUUUUGCAGAGAUAUUGGGAAGCCAGAAGUUGAAUAUGAUUGUGACAAUUUGCAACACAGUAAGAAGGGGAAAACUGUACAGGGGUUAAGCCCUGUGGACCAAAGGAAAUGUGAACGCCUUCUGCUUUACCUCUAUUGCCAUGAAUUAAGUAUUGAAUUCCAGGAGCCUGUUCCUGUUUCGAUACCAAACUACUAUAAAAUUAUAAAGAAACCAAUGGACUUAUCCACCGUGAAAAAGAAGCUUCAAAAAAAACAUUCCCAACAUUACCAAAUUCCAGAUGACUUUGUGGCUGAUGUUCGUUUGAUCUUCAAGAACUGUGAAAGGUUUAAUGAAAUGAUGAAAGUUGUUCAAGUUUAUGCAGACACACAAGAGAUUAAUUUGAAGGCUGAUUCAGAAGUAGCUCAGGCAGGGAAAGCAGUUGCAUUGUACUUUGAAGAUAAACUCACAGAGAUCUACUCAGACAGGACCUUCGCACCUUUGCCAGAGUUUGAGCAGGAAGAGGAUGAUGGUGAGGUGACUGAGGACUCUGAUGAAGACUUUAUACAGCCCCGCAGAAAACGCCUAAAGUCAGAUGAGAGACCAGUACAUAUAAAGUAAAAUGACAUGGACUUUAAACCAAUUGUUUAAAAAAGAAAGAAAAAAAAUCCUUUUAUUUAAGUGUUGCUGGAAUACCCUGCCUACAGGGGCACCUCCUUGAAGAAUUUGAUAGCUUUUACACAGUAUUAGAUUGAAAUAAUGGACAGAAGACAUUCUUGUCAAGAAAGGGGGAGAAAAGUCUAUUUGCAACUUUAAAGUAAAAACACAGAGCAAAAGUGAAGUGAUUUGAGCAUUUGUUACUAAUGAGGAUGGUUCUCUGUUAGAAAUGACAAACUUUCAUGGCCAUUGGUAUUCAUUGGUGCAGGAUACUAGUGUACAAGUAAGUACGAAAAGCUCAUGUUGCUUGGUAAAUUGUCUCUUUGGACUAGUGUGCACAGUUACUAAAGCAACUUAUAAGUCUCCCCCUUGAAACACAUAACAUAAUGGGUUAUUUUUUAGUUAAAAAUCGAAGUAGCUCAGAUUCUGCUUAAUCCCAGUGCAUAGAUGCAUUGAAUCAUGAAACUAUAUUUUUUUUAUGCUGUUUGGCCUUAGUUUUUAAAUUGGUUUAAAGAACUCAACAGUAGUUUUAUUUUCUCCUCAUACCUGGGGUCUAGGAAUAUGACCAUUGAUCAUUUAAUCACCUUCAGUGGUCUACUGAAAGAAAUUCAACUUUUCAGUAGUGGAUCUAUACAGUCAUAGUAGUCAUUUUCAGAAAACCUUCCGCACAAUUGCAUUUCCCAAGAAAAUCAUCUGAUCAUAGUUAUUCCCAUGAAAGGCAGAAUGUUUGUUUCAGAAUUAAUCUAGUUUUCUGUACAUUUAAAUUUGAGAAGGUAACAACUGGUUCUUACCCAGUCUUCCUUCAUAGCAGUUUUCCAAUAGACCACUAUUGGUAAACAAUAAUCUGUCAACUACCAAAUGUGUAAAAUUUUCUGUAUUUCACUUUGUCUUAUUUGUAAAUAGUGAACUAAAAUUUCUGGCAGAUCAGCAACAUUUGCUGAGCCUGUUUUUUAAGCUAAUGUGUAUUCUUACUAAUGUUCCUAUCAAGAAUGGAUUUGUAAUAUAUGCUGUCUAUUUCUAAUGUUCACAUUCAUAUUUUGAGGUUCUAUCUUAUUUUAAUAGAGAACAGACUUCUCAGAAAAUCUUCAGAAGCAGCUUAUUAUUGAAAUAUCAAAAUAUCGUAAUAAACCCGGUGGGGUUAGAUUACUCAUCUGUCCACCAAGUGGGACAUUUGCAUGGACUGGGGCUUUCAAGGACUUAGAAGAGACCUGUAAGUAAAUCCUGAAAAUGAGCCAAUCCCCACUUGAAUGGUUACUGAAGUAAACCCACCUUUACUACCCUGAUUACAGUACCUGAGGCAGAUAAACCAACGUGGCUCUGGUUCAUUUUUUUUCUCUUCAUUUGUGACACUCAGAUGCAAAAUGUGUGUUCUAGACUGUGUACAGGCUUCUCUUUUGUUGGAUUAAAAAUUUUGUCCUAUUUCUGUAUGGUAAAGUGACCAAAAUAGGAGAAUUUGCCAUUAGAUAUUUUUCAGACAUCAGCAGAUUUGUGGCAAAUCAUUCAUUCGCCUUUUUAAAAAUUCAGCUUAAGCAGUUCAGUCAUAGACUACUCAGAUAAGUAUUUGACAUAAUUGUUUAAAAGGUAAAUAUUUUUAGUGCAUAUUGAAUCAAAUAAAGUACUCUAAAGAGAUUACUAUACA